ACGUAAGAGUAACCACACAGGGACAGUUUCGGUAUUUACAGAAGAGCCUGUCCCACAUGCGGCCGACUGGGACUCCUCGGCGCCCUCCGAACCGCUCGUCCCGCAGAAAACACCGCAAUGGCGCCCUUGUCGAGGUCCCUUUCGUCUCUGGCGAGACACACGGAGUGUCUGCGGAGAGUGGGUGUCUUCCGUAGCUUCCUACCCAACCACCCGUUCAGGUGUGGCUGGUGGAAGAGGAAUUUCAAGGCAGUUUCCUGCGGAGGAGCCGGUGUCCAGCCGCUGCUACAGCAGCGCGGAGCCAAAAACUGCGCAGCAUCUGUGAGCAGCAGCUCCUCGGAUGGUCAGGACGCUACAGAGAGGCUGUGGUCUGUUUACAGUGAGACUAAAAGACAGACAGAGGUAAUAUCCACCAGCUCCGUUGAUCCCGACACCAUUUUUGCAAACAAUGAGAUGAGCCUACGAGACAUCGAGAUCUACGGCUUCGACUAUGACUACACCCUGGCCUUCUACUCCAGCCACCUCCACACACUCAUCUUUGACAUAGCGCGGGACAUUCUCAUCAACAACCACCGGUAUCCAGAGGAAUUGCGGAAGUAUGAAUAUAUUCCAGAUUUUGCAGUAAGAGGGCUUCACUACGAUGUCCAGAAGGCUCUCCUGAUGAAGAUAGAUGCCUUUCAUUACAUCCAGUUGGGAACUGUUUACAGAGGUCUUCAUCCAAUGCCUGACGAGGAAGUCAUUGCCAUGUAUGAAGGCUCCCAUGUUCCUCUUGAGAUUAUGAGUGACUUUUAUGGCAAGAGUACACACGGCCACACCAUGAAGCAGUUCAUGGACAUAUUCUCGCUGCCGGAGAUGACACUCCUCUCUUGUGUCAACGACUUCUUCAUGAGGCACAACAUCGAUUACGAGCCCGUCCAUCUCUACAAAGACGUAAAGGAAGCCAUCAGAGAUGUCCAUGUCAAGGGCAUCAUGUAUCGAGCUGUGGAGGCGGAUAUCGGAAAAUACAUUUGGUACGGUGAGCAAAGCCAUGCUGUGUUGAAGAAGCUGUCGGCGCAUGGAAAGAAGAUGUUUCUCAUCACCAACAGCCCUUUUGAUUUUGUGGACCGUGGAAUGAGCUUCAUUGUGGGAAAAGACUGGAGAGACUUGUUUGACGUCGUUAUCGUCCAGGCCGACAAACCGAGUUUCUUCAACGACAGGAGAAAACCCUUCAGGCGAGUGACAGACAAAGGUGUGUUACUGUGGGACAGGAUUCACAGGCUGGAGAAAGGGGAGAUCUACAAGCAGGGAAACCUCUAUGAGUUCCUCAGACUCACUGGCUGGAGGGGAUCCAAAGUACUUUACUUUGGAGAUCACAUUUACAGUGACUUGGCAGAUUUAACUCUGAAACACGGCUGGAGGACAGGCGCCAUCAUCCCUGAGCUGCGGAAGGAGAUAAAGAUCAUGAACACGCCGCAGUACGUCCAUAUGAUGACCUGGUUACAGGCUCUGACCGUACUGAUCGAACAGAUGCAGGCACAUCGGGAUCCAGCGACCCAAGCUGUCGUCGAGGAGUGGAUCAAAGAAAGAGAAGCCAUGAAGCCGCAGACGAAGGACAUCUUCAACGCUCAGUUCGGCAGCCUCUUCCGUACCUACCACAAUCCCACCUACUUCUCACGCCGACUCUCCCGCUUCGCCGACAUCUACAUGGCCUCUAUCAGCUGCAUGCUCAACUAUGACCUCCAGCACACCUUUUUUCCUCGACGCACUCCUCUGCAGCACGAGGCGCCCUUUUGGCCAGAGCAAGAUUCUUCUGGGUUUGGGGUCUCUUCUUCUUCUUUUACUUCUUCUCCUCCUCCUCUAGCAGAGUCUGAUCACACAGGGAAGUUUAAGAGUUAAAGACUGAACAGUCAGUCUCUUAACAUUGCUUUAAGAAGUGUAUUUUAGUAGUAGUUUGUAUUUUAAAUGGACAUAUAUCUUUUUUUUUUCUGUUUUUACCUCAACUGUGUUCAAACUUGUAGAUCAUGAGUUAUCUUUAUUUCCAUGUCUAAAGUAUCAGGCAAAAUAAUGCGAAAGAAACAAAGCUUUUUAUUAGCAAGCUUUGCAGCGAUUGUGCAAGUCACUUUUACACAUAUAAUCAUUCCGUGUAUUUGGUUUUAACUGGCAGUAUCAAAUCAACUUUUUAAAGCUUUAUAUCGUGUUAUUCCCUCAUCAAAAACAAAGUCGGAGGGUUGCUUUGACUCUUUCAUGCAUGUUUGGGAAAUCUUUUAGUCUCCUGUGGCAGCCAUUGUGCUACUCCCCCCCCACACAUCUCCUCCAGACUAGCGGCUGCAGCAAUUGGCAAACACGUGGCGGAACCGCUCAUCAGCUGAGCUCAUCAGACGAACUGCUUCUCAGUGAAACGCUCAGAACGAUGUCGAAGGCUUAAUGGAGGAAGGUUUUUGUGAUGUCAUGCUGAGGGUGGAGUGUUGGAAAGAGCAGGAGCUUCUUAAAGAGACAGAGGCCCAAUUCUAAAAAUUAUUAUAAGUCAUAUUUGAUAAAUACAGAAUUCUAAUAACAGCUGAAGGUAACAUGGCUACUUGGUUGAGCUAUAAAAUUCCCCUAUGAGCCUGGAGAAUACAUAAUACUGUCAUUCAUGUCGUCCUUUGAGAUUAAAAAUCUUUCCCUAAUCCUGGGAAGAAAUUGUGGGACAGUUUUGUUGGGUGAGGAGAAAAUGUUCUUCUUCAUCUAUGUUUGCCAAGUUUUGCUCUCUCCAUUGUUUUUCUGUGUUGCUCAUGAUCAGCCACACUUCCAUCCGCCAUCUGGGUGCAGAUGAUGUGUGGAAGCAGGACUUUUUCAGAAUAUGUUAUUUUAAAUCAACUUAUGAUGGAAAAUGAGUCAUUAUUUAAGCUUCACGUUUUCAAGAUUUUUUUUUCUUUUUUGUUUUUUGCUCUGAAAUAUAUGCCCUUUAAAGUGUAACAGAAGUUCAAACUGUGGUUUGUGGUUUCUUUAAACAUAUUUAUUUCAGUCCUUUCAGAUAAUUGUCUUCACACUGGAUGUAUUACUUUUUAAGCCAAAUGCAUGUGUGUGUGUGUGUGUGUGUGCGUGUGUGUGUAACUGAGAGUGUGUUAGUAUUUAAUAGAAUAGAUGGAUUUUAUCUAUCUUGAGCAAUAGGGGGCAGUAACACAUCGGGCUUAACAUGCAUUUGUGGUUUUGCCUUGUUGUCUCUUACCUUCCCUGGUGAAAUGGGAGUUUUUACGUUGACAUUUUAUUCUCCAUUGCCUUAAUCUGUUGUUCACAUUACUGCAGGACGUGUCGCUUUUAUAUUAGGAUGAUAUUAUGCAGUAUUUUGGUUCAUUUGAUUUUGUGCACAUUGACGAAUUAGGAUCUUUUUUUAUUACUGGUUUUGCCAUUUUACACCAAAUUCAGCCUGUACGUUUCAUUUUAGACGAUUGGUAAAUGAUUAUUGUCGUGGAUGCUGCUGUUUCAUAAAAGAAUUUAAAAAAAAAUCAUGUCAAGCACUGAUGCAUCAUGUAAAAGGGAUUCAUGAUAUAAACUUUUGGUGGCGAUAACCUU